UCCGGCCGGCACUUUCCUUGCAAGUUGCAACGCAAGUUUGCCCGCGGCCGGCGACCGGGGCGCCGAGAGCCUCCCUCGCCCUCGGCCGGCUGGGCUUCUCCGGAGCGUAUGGGCGCGGGUCAGGCGGCCCCGGAGGCCUGAGCGGCCGCGCCGCCUCUGCGCCCCGCGCCAUGGAGGGCGCUGAGCCCCACGCGCGGCCGGAGCGACUGGCGGAGGCCGAGGCGCGGGCGGCCGAUGGCGGGCGCCUGGUGGAGGUGCAGCUGAGCGGUGGCGCCCCUUGGGGCUUCACCCUGAAGGGCGGCCGCGAGCACGGCGAGCCGCUGGUCAUCACCAAGGUUGAAGAAGGCAGCAAAGCCGCAGCCGUGGACAAACUGCUGGCCGGAGACGAGAUCGUGGGCAUCAAUGACGUCGGUCUGUCCGGGUUUAGACAGGAGGCCAUCUGCCUGGUGAAGGGGUCGCAUAAGACCCUGAAGCUGGUGGUGAAAAGCUCCUCCUCCCAGGACCUGUCGGGCGGUGCCUGGGAGCCAGCGAACCUGCAGCGCACCUCGGACCACUUCAGCUCACUGGGGAGCGUCGACAGCCUGGACCCAUCCUCCCAGCCCGACCCGUCGGGGCGCCUCUCGGCGGCCAAGUCCAGCAGCAGCAUCGACCGCCUGGGUGGCGCCAGCAAGCGGGACUCAGCUUACGGUUCAUUCUCCACCCGCUCCAGCACCCCGGACCACACUCUGCCCAAGGUGGACGCGUCCUCGGCCGAGAAUAUCCUCUACAAAGUGGGCCUGUGGGAGUCCUCCGCUGCAGUGGACAGCCGGCCGGCUCUGACGGCCGGCGACGCUCAGGGCACCGAGGAGCCCCUGGGGUGCUUCCCGCCCCGGGUCCCCGAGGAUGGCCCCGAGCCCAAGCUAGCUGCUUGCGGGCGGUCCAGCUCCGGGCCCGUCUGGUAUGUUCCGGAUAAGAGACGAGCCCCUCCGUCCCCUCCCCCACCGCCUCCCCCACUCCGCCGCGACAGCUUCGCUGCCACCAGGAGCCACGAGCAGACCCAGGGCCCCAUGUUCUCAGCAGACGCGACCCCAGUGCAGCCCUUGCUGGGCCUGAGCCGCGUGCAGCCCCACGGUGGCGACUGGAAGAGACCCGAACCCGCUGAUCAGCCGUUGAGGCUGGCGCGCGGGGGCGACGGCCAGAGAGCUGCAAGCUCAGGGUGCACGCCAGGGGCGCAUGUGGACUGUGGGUGGCCAGCCUGCGACAGCGGGGCCCGGGCCCUCCUGGGGGCCCCCAGCCGGCUGCAGGCUUCUCUCUCGAGCACCGACGUGCGGCUCCCGCAGCCCUUGCCUACAUGCCAACACCCGCGGCACUCGAGCGAUGAGGGCCCCUUCUUCCGUGAGGGCCCCAGGGCCGCCACGUGGCUAGGGGAGCCCCUCCCCACAGACUGCCUCGCGGACAACAGCCCUGCUCCCAUUGUCGUCGGAGGGCUGCGCACUGCAGACCAGAGGGGUGACUGCGGCGCGCAGAGCCGCUACUACUGCGUGAUGUCCAGACCCGGUCCCCAGUGGGGCGCCCUGGCCCCUCAGCCCCACUGCUACCCGUCCCGACUGGAGGGUGCCCCGGGCGCACGGCAGAGAGGCAGGGUGGAGACGGUGGACAGGGCACCUGAGGACCCACCGGGGGCUGGCCUCCUGGACAAAGGCGGCAGGAAGAGGGUGGCGGGCAGCUUGGAUGACGGGGGUGGCGAGAUCUGCCCCCUGCAGACGCCCAUGCUGCACUCUCUGAGCCGGGAAGGGGCGUGCCCGCCCGAGACCCGCCACGAGGACAAGGCUCCAGCGCUGCCUGAGGCCCCGGCGGGCAAGCCCCUCCGGAGGAGCGACCGCUUCGCCACCACCCUGAGGAACGAGAUCCAGCAGCGGCGAGCCAGGCUGCAGAAGAGCCGGAGCACGGCCACCUUUGCCAGCUCCGCGGAGGAGGAGGGGGAGGCGGAAGACGACGAGACUGAGGCGCGUGGUUCCCGGACGCAGCCAGUGGGUGCCCCAGAGACCACCUUGCCCGGCGGCACCUAUAAGGACCACCUGAAGGAGGCGCAGGCCCGCGUCCUGAGGGCCACGUCGUUCCGCCGCCGCGACCUGGAGCCCAGCCUGGCGGACCCGGAGCCGGCCCCCCGCAUCUGGGAUGGGGCCCCAGGUGCUGGGCCGCCCUUGUGCGCUGCCGGCAGCGGCAGCUGCAGCGCGCGCAUCGGGAGCCGGAGGCGCUUCACUGCCGAGCAGAAGCUGAAGUCCUACUCGGAGCCCGAGAAGAUGAACGCGGUGGGGCUGACGGGGGACCAGCGACCCGCACCCCACGACGAGACGGUGCGCACCUUUGCCGACAGGUGGAAGUUUUUUGAGGAAACCAGCAAGCCCGUGGUCCCUCAGCCUGGGCUCAGGCCGGCGCCCUGUGGCUUCCCCAGGGAGAAGCCGGAGAUGCUGUGGACAGCGGGCCCUGGAAAAGACGGAAAGGCGGGGAGACCCAUCCGGCCAGAGCGGCUCGGCACCUUUGCAGAGUAUCAAGCCUCCUGGAGGGAACAGAGGAAAGUCCCGGAAGCCAGGAGUGGCGGGAGGUACCACUCCGCCGACAACAUCCUCGACGUGGGUGUGGACCAGGAGGAGAGGCCGCAGUACGUCCACGAAAGGUCCCGGUCAUCACCUUCCACGGACCUCUACAAGCAGGACGCCUCCAUGGAACCUCGAUGGCAAGCAGGGGACCCGGAGGAGCACACGGAGCUUUCUUUGGUGGCACUGGCCGAGGACAGAGGCCCCACCCCAAGACAAGCAGAUGGUCAGCGUGCGGAGGACCGCCCAGGAGCAACACGGGACCCCUGGCAAACCUCUGAACCCCUUGGCUCCCGGGAAGGGCCCGAGCUGUCCCUGGAGGCCCGCGGCCGGGCGGGUACCCUCCCUCGUGAUUACCGGUACCCGGAGCUGCACACGCCUCUGGAGCCGCCCACGCGAGGUCAGAAGCCCCGGCCCCUGAGCACCGCCGCGCUGGCCCGGAGACCCGCCCUACAGAGGCCACCGCCGCCCAAGCGUGAGCUCCGGCCACCGCCUGGGGGCGCGCCUGGCCAGCCCCGCACCUCGGUGGCCUCCUCGGAGGCGGUGGACACGCAGAGCGCGCGGCGCGUGGAGGAGCCCACGGCCCCGCUGCUCCCCACCCCGUUCCGGCCCCUGCAGACCUCCACCAUGGACACUUCGCGCUCGCCGUCGCCGCAGUUCGCACCGCAGAAGCUGACGGACAAGCCCCCGCUGCUCAUCCAGGACGAGAACACCGCCAGAAUCGAGCGGGUGAUGGACAACAACACCACGGUGAAGAUGGUGCCCAUCAAAAUAGUGCAUUCGGAGAGCCAGCCGGAGAAGGAGAGCCGCCAGGCACUGGCCCGCAUUCCCGAGCCACCUCCACUGCCCCGGGGCCUCGAGUGGGACCAGAUCAAGACGCUCAGCACGUCUGAGCAGUCCUACUCGCGCUUCUGCCCCUACAGCCGCCAGAGUGCCGAGCCCCAGCCCCCUGCCGGCGCCCCGGGGCUCCCUGCCAAGGAAGGCCGGGCCUCCCCUCCCGCGCUUAGCUACGUGAAGGCCAAAGACAGGACCGCCGCCGACCUCAAGUCGGAGGAGCUGGCCCGUGAGAUUGCAGGCAGGGAUAAGUCGUUGGCGGACAUCCUGGACCCCGGCGUGAGGGUGAGAACCACCAUGGACCUCAUGGAGGGCAUCUUCCCCAGAGAUGAGCACCUCCUGGAAGGCACGCAGCAACGGAGGAAGCUGCUGCCCAAGGCGCCCUCGCCCAGGACGGUGGAGGAGAGGAGGGAGGAGACCAGCUUGCUGGCAGCCACACCCUUGGCCACCAACUCCGCCUACUACAGCACGUCGGCCCCCAAGGCGGAGCUGCUGAUAAAGAUGAAGGACCUGCAGGAGCAGCAGGAGCCAGAGGAGGAUUCGGGCAGUGACUUGGACCACGACCUGUCAGUCAAAAAGCAGGAGCUCAUUGAGAGCCUUGGCCGCAAGCUGCAGGUGCUGCGGGAGGCGCGGGAGAGCCUGCUGGAGGACGUGCAGGCCAACAGCACGCUGGGCGACGAAGUGGAGGCCCUGGUCAAGGCCGUGUGCAAGCCCAAUGAGUUUGACAAGUUCCGCAUGUUCAUCGGGGACCUUGACAAGGUGGUGAACCUUCUGCUGUCGCUGUCUGGCCGCCUGGCCCGUGUGGAGAACGCCCUCAAUAACCUGGACGACAGCACGCCUCCGGGCGAUCGGCAAUCCCUGCUCGAGAAGCAGCGCAUCCUGAUCCAGCAGCACGAGGACGCCAGGGAGCUGAAGGAGAACCUGGACCGCCGGGAGGGCAUCGUCUUCGACAUCCUGGCCAGCUACCUGGGCCCCGAGAGCCUGGCGGACUACGAGCACUUUGUCAGGAUGAAGUCGGCGCUCAUCGUCGAACAGCGCGAGCUGGAAGACAAAAUACACUUGGGUGAGGAGCAGCUGAAGUGCUUGUUGGACAGCCUGCAGCCCGAAAGAGGCAAAUGAGGGCACACCCACCCCCACCCCACCCGGACCUCCCUGGAGGAGGAGGAUGCGGAUGGGAUUGGCAGAGUCAUCAGCUCUGGUCCUGUAGAUGCAGCUGAAAACUGCAGCCUGUAUUUCAUCCUGUCGAUGGGGGUCGGGGGGUAGGGGGUGUCCUUUCAUGGCCAGGUGGCGGGCAGCAAAGCAAUAACUUCCAUGUGUGCGUUUGGGAUGACUUCUUUAAUUCUUAGGUUCCCUUUCGGAAUGAAUGUUGGGCAGAGCGACUCCCCCUGCCCCUUUGACGCGGUGACCUAGAAGUAUCCCCACUGGCGCUGGUGCACAGGUGCGCUGUGCGAGGCUGCACGCCAGGGUUGCCCACGUGGCCUCUUCUGGCAGUGCGGGCACUGAACCUCAUCGUCCGCGGGGGAAGGAACGAGCGCGUCUCUAAGAAGGUGCAUGUGUUGAGGGAGGCGCGGUUUGCCUGGAGCAGGAGCUGUCCCGUGGAUCAUGGGAGGCGCCAGAAGUGUUAACGUUGGUUGUGUCUGUCCUAUAAGGAUGACCUCUGACCCAGCAAAAAAAAAUAAUGAGGAUGAGCAUUAUUUAUGAAUAUGUUAGAAUAGUUGUCCAUGCGGUUUAAAGACCAGCUGUGAAAUUAGCUUUCAGUACCCUAGCUUCACUCAUGGUGAAAUUGCCACUUGCACAGUGUGAAUGCUUUAAGGAAGGUGCAUGCAGAAGGGAUGUACCAGCUUUUGUUCUUCUGGGAUGGCACCCACAUGCAAAUGGUAUUUCUCCUGCAAAGUGAGAUUACCUAGCUGAAAGUGUGUCUGGAGGGUAUGUGCGUGCAAGGUUCUGAUUUUUUUUUUUUUCUUAAGGCCCCCGAUAUAUUUUCCUCAUUUAUUUUCCCCUCCAUACUCCUCCACCCCAAGAACAUUUGUUUGGUGUGUAUAUGAUCCUGAUUAUAACUGGCAGCUCCUCUCUUGUUGCUUCUCUGGAUUAGUUAUGGCAGUGUCAAGGCCACGUUUCCUGUAAGAACCCUUGGUUCUGGCGUUCCAGAGGUCCUGGUGGACCACACUACUCCAAGACUGGUCUUUCUUCGCCAUAGAGUGAACCACCAUCUGUUCCCCGUUUUAUCCUUUGAUAUUGCAAGGUGAUCAAGAGAGUCUGUUCACUAAAGAAAACACUGUUGAGCUGUUGUUUUACAGUGCCCGAGUCAUGACUAGAAGAUAACUUGCUGAUCCCAAGUGUUGCAUUUGCAUUCAGAAUGUAUAAAGAUCUUUCCAAGUUAACAGUAUGAAAACAGCCCAGUUAAACCGUGAGCCAGAGACUUAUAUAGACGCUUCACCAAAGAGGCUAUAUGCAUGUCCGUAGGCACGAUAGGUGUUCAGCCCCUCAUGGCUUGGUUCUCACGGUCUGAUUUUUAACCUGAUCGUCUGUGUUCCAUCCCAGUUGGGUGAGAUGCCUGCAUAAUGGCGGGAGAAGCCCCAGGAUAACUUCAUGUUGGGGUGACAUUUGGAGGUCAGAUCACGUUACUCCUUGUUUCCUCUUAUGCCUGUGAAAGGAGUUUUCUGGCAGGUGGGGAGAUAGCCCUUUGUCACCAGUGGCCGGCACCUUACCAAAGACAGAAGCACACGAUGUCUUAUUAAAGGACACUACUCCACAUCCACACAGCCAGAAGGACAAGCUGGACUGGCUGCGGUGAUAUCUCUGCAGCCCUGGAGGGAACCGACCUGGCAGGCUUCAGUGAUGCUGACAAUAAACAUUCCUUUGGCAGCCCACCCACGCCAAAGAGAAAGGCCCUUUUCUGCACUUUUAAUUCUUAAGCUGUUCCUGAUUUGAAAAGCCCCUCUUCUGCCAGUGAAGCAUCGUCCUCCUCCUCGCAUGCUAUGGUCACUUGCUGUGAUGAUGGGUCAUGACAGAAACGAUAAAGCUGGCUGUCCAUGGACCGCCCCUCCCCCCCCACGUUCCUCCCUUGCGGAGACAACCACAGUGAUGUCAGUGUGUUUUGAUUUUCACAAAGCUUUUAUCUGCGAUUCUUGCCCUUGUCAUAUAGUAUUGUGAUCAUUUUGAUGAUACGUCUGUAAAAUGUGAAAAUAGAGUUUUUGCCUGUAUCCAGCUUUUCGGUGUCUCUUGGGAAUGUGGUCUUCUACACAGUAAUACACAAGGCUCUGGUGUCCUUUAAACGAAGCCCAUAGAAUCACAAUGGUCCAGUCUAUUUCCCCAUCUGCCUCAUAAAUGUCUGGUGGCGGGGACCCAGAGAUUGCAGUGAGUCAGUGUGCACAGCUUUGUGCAUAGCUAUGUUUCUGCAUAUACAAACAAUCUGGUGCUAACGUUUCUCCCGUGGCAUUCCUGGGUGGUGGCUGAUGGCUCACCCCAGGUCAUUGCUCAGCUGAGACGUGCUCUCUAUAUCUCGAGGUUGCAGUCAGGGGCCUUGCCAGAGACUUCAGUCAUGCCACCCACCGUGGAAGAUGUGUAACGGUUUCAUGCUCAACACUUAACACUAACCUCUCAACAGAUUAUCCUGCUUGACCUUAAUACAAUAAAUGGUGUCUUUCAGUGAAUGGAA